UUCAAAGCAAUUCGAAACGAUGCAAGUUGUUCGGUUAGAAAUGUCGACUUAUAUUACCUAUAUUCUACCAAUAUUAUUCAUUUUUUUAACAGUUUUAUUAUUAUUGUUAAUAUUGUUCAAAUUAUUUUUUAAAUUAAGAAAUAAUCUCAGACAAAGGUUACUUACAAGAUCCAUACCUGGACCAAGUACUUGGGAUUUUAUUAAGAUAAUAUUACGCACGAGAGAGCCUGAAAAAAUUUUUAAUUUUAUAACAGAUAUAUUUAGAAAAUAUGAAAAUACAUUAUUCAAAGUAUGGUUAGGGCCUUAUUUGUGCAUAUUUCCAACAAAUCCUGAAUAUAUUAAAGAAAUGUUGAUACAUCCUAAAAUACAAAAAAAAGGUAUUUUUUACUCUUCUGUUCGAAAUUCAUUUAUUGGGAAUAGCUUAGGUACCAUCGACGAUACAACAAUUUGGAAGAGACACAGAAACGCUGUGGCUUGUUGUUUCAAAACAAAUAAUUUGAAAUAUUGUGUAUCAAUAAUGAACUCAUAUGCUGAUAAUAUAUCUCAACAUAUUCAAAACAACCGAAAUAUGAACUCAAACGAAUGCGAAAUAUUUAAUCCCAUUGUGACAAUGGCAAGAAGAAGUAUCAUAAAGGCAUUAUUUGGAGUAGAAAUGAAUUCUGAUGAACGUAAAGAAAUUGUUGAAAAUAUUGAAAUAUCAACAGAGAUUAUAGUACAUAAAAUUUUGAAUCCUUGGUUUUUGAAUAAAUAUUUGUACCGCUUUUCAUCAUUGAAAAAGACUGAGGAAAAAAGUAAAAGAAUAAUUUGUACACACUUAGAUAAUAUAAUCAGAAUAAUAGACCAAACAAGAAAACAAAGUAUGGAUCAUAAUUUUAAUGAAGAAAAUAUCUCAAAGGAAUGUUUUGAUCUUGAAAAAAAAUCUUUAAUAGAAACUCUUCUAGAAAAUGGCAAAAUGACACUCGAUGAAAUUCGACAAGAAACAGUUUUUUCUUUAUUAACUAUUAGAACAGUAGCUUUUACAAAUACUUGCAUAAUAUUCUAUUUGGCUCAAAACCAAGAUUUCCAAAAAAAGGUAUUUGAGGAACAACUUGCUAUAUUUUCAAAAGGCAAUCCUGAUAGACGACCAAGUUAUGAGGACCUACAACAAAUGAAAUUCCUCGAACAAGUAAUUUAUGAAACAUUACGUUUACAAACACCUUUACCUAUUAUGUCCAGAAGAAUCGAAGAAGAUGUUAUUAUUGGGAAUACUAUUUUACCAGCAGGUGCUUUUGUAUGCUUCAACCUCAAAGAUUUACACCGAAGUCCGCUGUACUACAAAGAUCCUGAAAAUUUCAACCCUGAUCAUUUUUCAAUGAUUGAGUGCCAAAAGAGGCAUCCAUAUGCUUUUAUACCAUUUAGUGGUGGUCUUAAAAAUUGUGUUGCCUACAGAUUAGUUAUUUUACAAAUUAAAAUAACUCUAUCUACACUUGUUAGAAAAAGUAAAUUUUUCCCUUCAGAUAAAUAUUCUUCAACUGAAUUCCCAAAAUUGAAAUAUUCAAUAUCUUCAACAUUUGAAAAUGGUUGUUAUGUAAAAUUAGAACCAAGACAAAAGUCAAGUUUGAAUGUUGAAUGUUAAUACAAGUACCAAAUUUGA